AUGAUCUCCGAGAUCGAAGAGGUGUUUGAUGCCACGGUUCCCGUCCAAUACCCAGAGAGCAUCCACAAGGUAAUUGACCAUGUCGUUCUCUCUCCUGGAGCUAAGCAUGCAUUGCCCAUCAUGUGUAUUGCAUCCCGUGAAUUCGUUGGCCUCCGCUCUACUGGUUUUCCUAUAGCCUGCGCACUUGAGAUGGUCCACGCCGCCUCCCUCGUCCAUGAUAACCUACCCUGCAUGGAUGCCUCCCCGCUCCGACACGGCUAUCCCUUUGCCCAUGCCCUGUUAGGCAUCGACAUGGUUGUCAUCACUAAUGAUCCACUGUUUCCCCUUGUCUACAAGCAUAUCGUUACCCAUACUCCCUCGCCUGACCCCAUCCCGCUAUCCAUCAUCCCUCUAAUUCUCACGGAGAUCACACGUGCCAUCGACUGCAUCGGAAUCAAUGGCGUAGCCAGCUUGAACAACUGCCCUGGGUUAAAAAUGCUGAGCCCACUGGUGGACGACGUGCUAAUGGAGUCCAACGAUAACACAGGGAAGAUGAGGAGCAAUGUGAGCAUCAUUAAGGUGGUUCGAAUGGACUGCAGAUUAGAGUUGGUGGAAGAAGUUAGGGCAAAGGCCAAGAAGGAGCUUGAGAAGUUCAAGGACAAGUAUGGAGAGAAGGUGUUGCCUUUAUAUAGUUUUGUGGAUUAUGCCAUUGAGAGUUGCUUCAUGGUUAAAGCAGGGGCCUUGAAUCCUUUUCAACUAUAG